AUGGCUAAGCGUAACCGUACCGCUGCCGUUGCCGAUGGAGACUGUGAUGUACUGCCCUCCAGCAAGCGGAUCAGGGAAUCGCACCCUGACAGGCUUUCGCGCCUGAGCGAUGAGCUGCUUUUGCGCAUAUUGUCCUACGUCUCGACAUCCACGCUGAACAUGUGUCAGAGAAUAUCCAAAAAGUUCCACACCAUCGCCGGUGACUCGCAACUGUGGAAAGCCGCAUAUUAUAACCGCUUCGUCCGACCCCGCGCAUCGCGACUCCCCGGCAUAAAAGACUCCAGUGCUUCUUCCGAUCACCUGUUUUAUUCUUCGAAGCUUUCCAAGUGGCUAGACGAAGCCAAUCUGGUCAAACGAGGCAAAGAGACAAACUGGAAACGGCAAUACAAGUUGCGGCACAACUGGUCGAGGGGUAGUUGCGACGUCGGAGAGAUACCACUUACGGAAGAGCCCGUUGUACCGGAUAUAUUGGUUCGUCUCCACGAGGGCGUCGUAUAUACCGUAGACUCGAGCGCUGGUCUCCGAGCAUGGUCCACCAAAGAUGAUCGCGCCCUAAUCGCAAGCACUGGUUUGCGGGAAGAUACAAUCGGGGGCGAUAGCCCGCCUACGUCUCUGGCCGUCGACACUGAAGACCAGGAUGCACGCUCGCAGAAGAUGAUCGUCGGCUUUGAAGACGGGCGGUUCUCUGUCUUCACCUUACUCAUGGACGAUAAACAGCUAGUACAUCUGUACACACACCCUGCCUCUUCAAACGGCAUGCUGUCGGCUUUGGCAUAUGCAUCGCCGUAUUUACUGACGAUGACUGGCAUGCAACUCAUGUCCCUUUACAAGUUUCCAGAGCAGCCGAGGAAAAAACGUGCGCAAGAGAUCCUUGAUCCACCUCGGUUACUCUAUUCUUUAAAGUCACAUACCGUAUGGCCACCUCUGUCACUGUCGAUCCGGCCAUCUGCGCAGAACGUUGUGGCUUCAAUAGCCUAUGCAUUGCCGACGUACUUUUCAGGCUGGUCGGUCGGCAUACAGGAGAUGCGCAUUACCUCCGAAGGGAAACUGAUUGAUUCACGACUGGCUUCAGCCACGCAUGAAAGUUUCCAUUCCUUAGCCAGCCGUGCGAUAUACUCAUCACCAUCCACUCGAUCUAGCUCUCCUGGCGCGAGCUCAGAUCCGUCGUCUCUUGUGACCUCUUUGCCCUCCUACUCUAAACCGACAUCACUUUCCUAUUCACAUCCUUACCUGCUUUGUUCCCAUCCGGACAACACUUUGUCCCUGUAUCUGGUAACAUCUACAAGCUCUUCACUUACUAUAGGCCCAGGAAGCAGGCUUUGGGGACAUACCUCGUCCGUAUCUGGAGCCCAUGUUGGUGGCAGAGGCAAAGCCGUCUCUGUUAGCUCCAGGGGUGAUGAGCUCCGUGUCUGGGAGCUGGAAGGAGGCAUGACUUCAUCUAGGCGACGUCAGCCAAUAGAAGAUCUAAGCAUACGUAUACGACCCGAGAACAAAGCAUCUUCCGAACCCGAUCUAGAUGCAUCUGGCGCCUUCUAUUCCGAAAGAUCCGGCCUCGGCACGGCUUUGCGACAGUCAUUGGAUGACCUGGCUGUUACCAAAGGCUGGGUGGGCUUUGACGAGGAAAAUGUGAUUGUGUUGCGAGAGCGUAGUGAGGGGAGUCAAGCGUUGGUUGUGUACGAUUUUACCUAG